AUGGCGUCCGUAUCCCAAGACAAUGAUAUCGAAACCACUCGUCCGCCACAGGCUUCACAUAUUCCAUUAAAAGAGGUCCGUCCGUUUCCCUCAGAGCCUGGUGACCCUUUCCUUGUCACGUUUGAUUCGGACCACAGCCACAAGAAUCCUCUCAACUGGCGAAAUGGAAAGAAAUGGCUCAUACUGGAUGUUCUAUCCACGGCGGGCUUCAACCGCACCAUGGUGUCAACGAUCAUGGCACCGGCACUCGCUACAAUCGCCCAGGAAUUCGGCAUGAACAGCGCUGCGGCCGCCAUGGUCAUGUCCAUUUAUCCUCUUGCCACGGCUAUAGGCCCGCUGUUUAUGGGGCCUUUAUCUGAGCUAUAUGGACGAAAGCCAAUAUUGCACGCCUCAAAUAUUUGGUUCUUGGGCUGGAACAUUGCCUGCGGCUUUGCCAACUCUGCCGGACUAUUGAUCGCUGCCCGAUUCCUCGCUGGCCUCGGAGCCAGCGCCAUAUAUGCUCUCGCUAGUGGUGUGCUGAGUGACCUGUGGCGAGCAGAUCAACGCGGCAAGUCCCUGGGUGCUUACUUGCUCAUACCUUUACUUGGGGCUGCAGUAGGUCCCAUCGUUGGUGGAUUUAUUGCAUCACGUUCGGAUUGGCGUUGGUCCUUCUGGGCUACUUCCGCAUUUCAGGGCAUAAUGACUGCCGUUUCAUUCGCAAUAUAUGAAGAAUCCUACGGCCCGGUCAUUCUAAGACGGCAGGCAAGGCGCGUUCGACGCGCCACGGGGGACGACCGGUAUUAUGCUGCCAUCGAAACACACGAAACGAGGAAGCUCGGAUUCACUGCUAUCCGUCGGGCACUCUCGAGACCAUUUAGGCUUCUUGCAACGCACCCAAUAGUGCAAAUCACGUCCAUUAUAUCUUCUUUUGAAUACGGUCUGCUCUAUCUUGUCCUAUCAACCUUUGGUCAGCUAUGGGUAGAUCAAUAUGGGCAAUCUGUCGAAAUCAGUGGGUUGCAUUACCUUGCCUGCGCCAUAGGCGAAGUUGCUGGCUCCCAACUUGGUGGACCAUUGAUGGAUUAUUACUACCGAAAGGCCGUCUCAAAGAAUGGCGGCGCAGAGCCUAAACCAGAGCAUCGCCUUCCAUUCAUGUUUGGCGGCUUAUCGCUUGUGCCAGUUGGCCUUUGUCUUUAUGGCUGGAGCGCCCAGUACCGGCUUUCUUGGGUAAUUGUCGAUCUCGGAAUCGUGAUUACUUCCUUUGGCAGCCAGAUUGCCGGAUUACCACUUCAUGCUUACCUCAUAGAUGUGUAUGGAGAGCACACAAGCUCGGCAAUCAGUGCAUCACAGCUCCCACGUAGCCUGGCUGCAUUUCUGUUUCCUCUUUUCGCACCAAAAAUGUACUCAGCCUUGGGAUAUGGCUGGGGAAAUACUGUACUGGCCGCUGCGGCGCUUUGCAUUAGCCUCCCAUCCCCUUGGAUACUUUGGAAAUACGGGGAGAAACUACGGUCUCAGCUUCGGGAAACAUAUUAG